AUGUCAAGCGUUGUAGGUGUCAGGGACCCGAAAUCAGUCCCUCUAAGCGGUCUAGAAUGGGGUCCCAUUUUCGGACCCCCGAGCCUAAGCAGUCUGAUCACAAGGAUGUCGUGUAAGCGGUUUAACAAAGUCGAUGUUGUCGCAAGUGUAUGCAAACAUCCAAGGCAUCCCACAUUGGUCGACUUCAAGGACAGUACCUGGCUUACUCGAGGAUGGACAUUGCAGGAACUUAUUGCGCCAUUAGAGAUAAACCUCUACUCGAAAGAAUGGGAACCUAUUGGGACCAAAUCGGAAAUAACGCAAUAUCUUGAAGAAAUAACUGGAAUUGACCAGCAAGUACUCCAAGGAGCAUAUCCAAGCAUUUGCAGCGUUGCAAGCAGAAUGUCCUGGGCAGCGAACAGGAAAACAAAUAGAAUUGAAGACAUGGCGUACUCUCUUCUGGGCAUGUUUGAUAUCAACAUGCCCCUACUGUACGGUGAGGGGGGCAAGGCGUUCAUCAGACUUCAAGAAGAGAUCAUGAAAGACUGCAAUGAUCAAUCCCUGUUUGCGUGGGAAACGAGUGAUCCAGUCUACUAUAGUGGUCUGCUCGCCACAUCUCCGAAACAUUUCGCCCGAUCGAAGAGGAUUACAUCAUCUGAAUACCUGGAUGUAAGCGAGCCUUCUUCGACGUCUAGCAAAGGACUCCGUGCGAGACUUGACCUAGUCCAUAUGAAAGGUGGGUUUUACUACGGUGUUCUGAAGUGUAAAAGUAGAGAGACGGGCCACGAUGUUGCCGUGGUAUUACAACAUAUUUGGGCCGAUCAAUUUCCGAAGAACGCAAAUGCAUACGAGGGUUCUCAUUGGUAUUGGAUUAGGGGUACCAACGGGAUCCAGUUCACUGAUCCGGUCUCCUAUUGGAGAUGGGACCCAGCAAUCGGACUAUUUGGAUUACAUCCAUCGCACUGUGGUAGAAUUCUUGUCACUCAUGUCGGAAUAAAAAACCAGCCGAUGAGUCUCCUGUUUGGGACCCGGGAAGGUGCGCCGUAUUGUUUUCUCGAUGAGCCGAAAACCGGAUCCUCUGAUUUAGAAUCUAAUAAGAGGCCGUCAUACAAGGUCACUACUGCGUUCCAUUCGAGACCUUUCAGGCCUCUAGAAACACCGACAGUUGGUUAUACCGAGAUCUCCAUGACUGCAGGAGCAAGUCGGGUACGGGAUGCGCCGUUUCCCACUUUCGUUAUUACUCUUUGUUUGAAAACUUCUAGAAGACUUGAUGAUGGUGUCUUCACUCCCUUUCCUGAAAUAAGUAAUGUUUUUUAG